AAACAGCUCACGCACUUUUUUUCAACACAAAAAGUUAUUCCUCGAAAAUUUCAAGAAAAAUUUUUUACAUAUAUUCGUAAAAAACUAUUGGAGCGUUUGGAUUUUAUAAGAUCACGUGCCCAAAAAAAAGACAAAAACAAUUACACGACUAAAACUUUUUUUAAUUUUUCGUAUAAAAAAUAUAGAUUUUAUUUCGGAAUUUACCUCCCGUGCAAUCAUACUCACACAGUAGGUUUACUUCCUAAUACUACUGCGACUUGCUCCAUUCCGGUCCCUACUAUAAUGUCACAUCAUCGUCAUGCCUGUAUCAUACACCAUAAGAAUCUAGUUCUAUAUAGUAUCUCGAAGGACAAUAAAAUUCCAGACUAUAGUCGUUGUAAAACAUUUAAAGAUUUUCACGCAUCUCGCCUCUACAAUAGAUGGACUAAUAAGAAAUGUUCCCAGAAUUUUUCGAACCGAUUGGGAAUCUCUUUCACUACAUCAUACUACGCAUAUAACACCAACGUCAUAGCUAGAAAAGGACUUGAUUUUAUUUAUGGCAAAAGUUAUGGGAAUCUUCAAUUUACUCCCAGUUCUUCUUCAAAGGUCAAGAAAAGACAAGAAGCACGUUUUAAUGCUCUGGUUAGACACACUUUUCACAACGCCGAGUUGGAUGACAACGCGCUUAUGGAAGAUAAACUUCAAGUUGCACGACAUCACAAAUUAUUAUUCCAAGAAAAUCAAAGUUUUAUAACUCCUAUCAAACACCUUCGAUAUAAGAAAAGAUUCGUCGUACCAUCAAAAGGUUAUUAUACCUUCCCGAUCCCUUUUCACAAACCAAGGACUAUAUCUGUACCUGCUAUUUCGGAACCGCUUUGCAACGAUAGCUCUGUCGCGUCCACAUCAUCUCAACAUCCUCAACCCCCAGUUAACAUAAACAUUUGGGAGAAUGUACCUGAACAUUAUAUUCCUUUGAUCCCUCCAUUUCCCGUUUACGCAGGCGGUCGAUUGAAUCAACCUUCUCGUUUAAAAAUCCAUACAAGACAACUACAACCACUCGCUGUUGGCAGCGCUGGCUGGUUAGCCCUCAUGAAAGAAAUCUAUGAUGAUCACAUAUCAACGACUAAAUAUAAACAAGGAAAAAUCGAUGCUGGAAUACAAUGGGAAACUUCUCCCGAUCAAGGCGAAUAUCAGAGAGACCUUUGCAAUGUUAUAAUGCAAGUAACGGACCACAAACAUGCAUAUGAAAAGAAAUUACUUGAAAUUUCAUCGUUAGUACCUCCUGAAUUACCAAUUGUAAUUGGACCAGUCAAAAACAGCGAACGCAAAAAACGCGAAAAGCGUCAUUCACAAUUAUUAAAAGAAUUUGAACGGAAAAAGCAGGAAGAUACCGAUAUCUUAGAGGACUUACAUUCUUGGGUCAUCAGAGAGGAAAACAUGAUUUACAUGGAAUACUAUAGGAGUGAUUAUAGUCAGGCGUAUCAGCCUUGUGCUCUCAUGGACGAUCGACCGCUUAAACGAAAUGCCAGAGAUAAUGGCAAUUUAGAUAUUCAUUAUAGCUACCAUAUAGCUAAAAAGGUUUGUAUAUUAUCCGUGUCAAAGGACUCAGGAAACAGUUCCUCUACUCGUACUAUUUAAGUACUUACUAGUCACUUUAAUAUAACCCUUAUAUAUAUAAUAGUUUCUUUAUGUACAUGCUUUUUAGCAUUUUUGUUCCUUUUUU